UUGCACCGUGCAGCCAGUGUCCCAGAGCGUGUCUAUAACAUGGGGAUUACUGAAGAUGAUUUUGCACCAAGAACUCCCUAUGGUUUCUCAUAUUACCAGUCAAACCAGGUGGCCUCACCGUCCUCUUAUACAAAUGGCUGGGGGACUAGGAUGAGUUACAAGGCCAUGGAAGAGAGAGCUCAAAGACAGCCUCUGAAGAGACUAGAGGUUUCACCCCAACAAGGUCCUGAAAGAUUGGCUUAUGUGUCCAAUGAUUUUCACUAUGACAGAGGCAUUUCACCUGGAUUCUCCAUGAGGCAUGGAGAUAGCAGGAGAUCCAGUGGAACCGUCCCACCAAGAUACGCUCGAUCUGAGAUUGUUGGUUACACUCUUCGUGAUUCAGUGAACAGGGGACGCUCUUUUAAGAGACACUCCCACAUGGGGGCUAUUAAUGAUGUCAUCCUUGAUGGAGUCUACCCCAGCCCCACUGUACCUCUGUACCAUCAAGCAGGCAACAGUCGCAGUAUGACCAACCUUUUGGAGAAAGAGAACUACCUGACCUCUGCGAUGGGACAAGUGAGAUCACCAAUUGCUUCCCGUUUGGGGUCUCAAAACAGGCAAUCUUUAAGGUCCAGCUGGUACCAAACUACUCUCAGAAGCACACAAACCAGGAGGGAAGCUUCCCAGCCAGCUUCAGUAACCAGUGUCACUGCAGAAACAGAUGGGAAGAGGAUGCCAUUGACAGCUGCUAUGGCAGCAGCAGGGAGAAAUGGUUUCCUGCAGGGCGAACAAGUCACCGUCAAUGGAUCUCAGCUAGGAAGCCAAGAAGGGGAAAUGACUCUGGAGCGUGCAGUGAGCAUACUGAGGAGUGAAAAUACACAGUCCACACCUAGGAUUCUUGCUGCAGUGACUUUCAUACAGCACGAGUGCUUCCAGAAAGCAGAUGCCAGAAGAAAAGUUUUCUCACUUGGUGGUAUCCCCAAACUUUUACAGCUUCUUGAUGUUCAGAAUGAGGACGUUCAGCGGGCAGCAUGUGGUGCUCUGAGAAACUUGGUGUUUGAGGACAAUGACAACAAAUUGGAAGUGUCUGAGCAGAAAGGGAUCCCACUCUUGCUCCGCCUACUCCGACACACCAGGGAUGUAGAGAUGAAAAAGCAAAUAACAGGUAGCAUUUUCUGUGCAGUCAACCAUGAAGUGCUUUGA